UUUAAAUUCUCUCGACUCGUGUCACUAAAAAGGAAAGAACCGCCGCUAAUGGGGGUGUUGAGAUCAAAACUAGGCCAAGCCCUUUUGCUGUGGUUCGAGGGUUUCCGAGAAGCUUGUUGUCUCCAUAGGGUCUUCAUUCUCUGCCGCAGAUCGAGGAAGCUUUUGAUCCGAACAGGACAGUGCUUUCUAUUGAAUGGUUUGAUUUUCUUGGGAAGUAUCUUUGUCUUAAAGUCAGUUGUCAUCCCAACACUCCAAUGGAUAUUGCCUGAUCACUGCUUACAGCUUGGUUUUCAAGAGCCAUGCCCAUUUGGUGGUAUUUUAAAAUUUUAUUCCUUCUUACGUCAUGGACUCAUACAACUUUUUUAUGUGUUAUGGUUCUACCCAUUGUAUGUAUUCAGUCUUAUUCUGAGCAACAUCUGGUACAAUGACAUUGCUAAAUAUGGUUUUGCUGCAAUGGGAAGACAUGAGCCAACUGUACCAGUACCCUCAAGCCAAAAGGAUACCUUGCAAAACCCAGCUUAUAUUGAUAAACACGCUGGCCUUGGAGGGAUUGUGAUUGGAAUAGGAGAACAGGUCUAUUCAGUUCUUCUCUUGAGUUUCUUCUUCCUGGAGGUUUAUGCUACAGGAUUUAUACCCUACAUUGGGAAGGCACUCAAUUUCCUACUUCUAUCCUGGAUGUAUGCCUAUUACUGUUUUGAGUACAAAUGGAAUUUUUCUGAACUGGGUUUGGAUAAAAGGCUGGAUUUCUUUGAAUCCAACUGGGCAUUUUUUGCAGGCUUUGGAAAUCCAUGCGUUCUGGCUAUCUUCUUUUUCUCUCCUCUUGUGAGCUAUGGGGUUAUGGCUAUACUCUUUCCAUUGUUUGUUCUGACAGCAACAGGCUCAGAAGCUGAGCAAGUUAUUGAUUCUCGAAGAAGAAAAUGGAAAGGUGCUGGAUUGGGAAGGCUUCCUAUAUUUUAUGCAGCAGAUACUUUGUCGCUGCGGGUCUUGUCUCUCAUUUCCCUCAAAUCUCGAGGACAAACACAAAGCAAUAAAGCACUCUAAGAAGUCAUGAUUUAAUGAUUAUACACACUUUGAACAGAGUCCGAUUUUUCAUCUUUACAAGCAAAAGCUCUGAGAAGUUAUGCCUAAUGUCCAUGUAAAUUAUGUGCAGUUGUUGAAGGUGAAGCAAAAACAGUAUUUCAGAGGUAUGAACUCUACAGAGAUUUGCGCAAAAAUAAGCAUGUAAUUAUCUUUCCUCAAGUAUGUUUCAUGUAUAUAUAGUUUGAAAUAUGAAACGUUUAAAUUAAGAAAAGUGUUGAAAAUAAUGUUAAAUACUCAUUGGCCAAAAAAAGGGGGGAGGGGGGAAUAUUUCAAAGUUCUCCCAUUUAUGAUCUGAAUGAAAUUUCAUUAUGGUUUGUUGAA